UUGGUGCGGUUCGUAGAUUUACACUUUGUCACGCGCUUGGUACGCCUUUUUUGGUGGGUCCGCCGAAUAGAGCAGCCAGUUGAAGAUAUCUUCCUUCCCUCGCACCACCACCACCACCCGGCUGUGUUCUGUGGAGGGUGACACUUGAGACGUGUUUUCGAAACAAAUGCGAUCGAAAAGUUGAGUGGUUUGCUGGGAAAACCACCUGCUCGAAGGUACAAGUCGGGAACAAAGUGUUUAGGGUGAAAGUUGUGAAAGUGUGCAAAAUUUGUGAAGUGAUGAGGUUAAUCAAAAUUAAGUGAAGUGAAAUUUCAGUAGAUUGGAUAUCUAAAUUAUUUAUUUAUUUAUUUAUUUAUUGAGUAUUACGGUCCGAUGCAGUAUUGUCACCACCGCAUGUGGUGACUGUGAAUUAUAUUCACGCAGAAAAAACAAUUAACAAAAUUAACUAGGCAUUUCCUCCUAGUUAUUUGCCAUAUCCCGGGCAUGCUCGGUUAGGAUAUCUAAAUUGAUGUGCAAAAAAGUGAAUACGAAGCGUGUGUGCGUGUGUUAGUGCGUGAAGUGUUUAAAGUAAAAAUAAAUUGUUAACCAAAAAGAUCGUAAAACGCAUUGUGCCGUGAAAGUGAUCCACUUGUAAGCACCAGUAUUUGAGUCUCUUCGCGGAAAUUAUUAAGACGGCUGUUCAUCAUUAAAAUUAAUGCCCGCAAACUAAACGAGCCGGCACCGCUGGGGCAUCGGGUUCAAUUCCCAACCGGAUCAUCACGUACCAUUACGGAAACCGUCACGUUUCGUGCCGUGUGGAUGGGUUUAAAUUCUUUAUCGAUGAACCGCGCAUCACAUCACCAUUAGCAACAUCAUCAGCUUAAGACUGCAAUUGGUCUUCAAUUGAAUCCAAAGCCUCGGACACUGUUGAAAGUAUCCCAACCGCACGAGGAGAUGAUCACGUGUAGCCAUCCUCAUAACUAGAAAACCCUCUUGCACACAAACACUCUCACACACGGCGCCACUCACAACCACACCCAUACACCCAUACCAAGCCAAAUGAAACCCCGAUCCGAUGAGCCAAGCUCAUCAGCAUGUCUGUCCCCAAUGUCCAACGGCACCACACGAUCGCGAACCUUACGCCACAAAACUGCUCACCGAUGGCAGCACUACUGCAUUCGCGGAUCGUCCAGUGCCACCCUAAUGCUGGCAGCAUUGUCAACACUCGCCAUGCUCACGGUCACACUUGCGACAACCAAAUCCGGCAGCGCUUCCAACCCGGCCGUACUGAUCUCGCCCAACCACGACGAACCGACGGCACUGGCACUGGCCGCCGCAGCCGCCGCCGGCCAGAAACAAUCGCAGCAAACGUACUACAGCAGCAACCGAGGUGGCAGCAAUCCACCGCGGCAACAGUGCGCCCUAUCCGAGCACACCUGCACCAAUGGGCGAUGCAUUCCGUGGGACAAGUACUGCAAUAAUGUAAAUGACUGCGGCGAUGGCAGUGACGAACCACGCUUCUGCACCCGAUGCAACCGUACGUACUACGGCAACAUUGGACUGACGUACAAUCUGGAGCUGCACCGACCGAAGGAGGACCGGAUACCGUACGUGUGCAUCCUGACGUUCACAGCCGCCGGUGGCAGCUACGGUGACAUCGUGCAGGUGACGCUCGACAGUUUCACCCUCGGACGGUUCGUGUCGUACACGGAAAAUGGCUGCCCGGACGGUUAUCUGCAGGUGUCGGAAGCGAAACGUGCCAAUGUCGGUGGCAUGUGGUGCGGUACGACCUGGGGCCCGGCCAUCUUCUACAGCGAAACCGAUUCCCUCGUCAUGACGAUUAAACUGUUCAAACUUUCGCGUGACCAAAGCGGCUACAACUUCGACUUCCGGAUACAGUACAAAAUGCUGUCCCGUGCCAGUGCGGUCGUGCGGUACGGUGGACAACGGCACGAGUACAUCCCACCGUGGACGAAUGUCACGUACAUCCCGAACUACCCGCUGAUCGAGGACUUUACCAACUCGACCGCACACUCGGAGCACCAGACGUACCAGGAGACGACCGGGUUAGGUGUCGGGUCCGGCCAACAGCGCAACCGGAUGAUAUCGCUCGGUGCUAACGAUCUACCCUUCCCGACGACCUACGACAAUAUGACGCGCGGCAACAUCGGACUGCAACGGGGUGGGCCCUCCUCCUCGUUGGGCGGUGGUUCAAUGUUUGGGCGCCUGAAUGGGUCGGCCGACUCAUGGAUGCCGCUCGGGCCAGGUGUACCAACUCGCAAGCAGCUGAACUACACCGAACCGCAGUACUACUUAGGCGACCUAAUGCAGGGAACGUUUUGCUCGCGAAUAUUCACCAACUGCGACAAGAAGGUGUGUCGAUUGCAGUCGCCCAACUUUCCCGGCAUUUACCCACGGAAUCUGACGUGCUACUUCGCCGUUAGGCAGCACGACGUCCCACCAGGUAAGCAUGCGUUCAUCGUCAUCAGUCAACCGAAGGGCAACCUCGUCUGGAUAUCGACCGAAGCAUCGGCCAGUGCCGCUUCCAACGCUGCCCGGGGAGGAGACGAAAAGGAAAAGCACAAACCUCGACUCCAGACCUGGAACGAAUGUGACAGUGUGCAGGACAGCACGAAUCCGAAGUGGAAAUCUACGGACUACAUUACGGUGUACGAUGGGUAUACAACACGCGACCCCAUCAUACUGAAGAUAUGCGGCGGUGGUCAAGCAAUACCGCAGGCCAUUUCGAGCGGUCCGGAGCUGUUGGUCGAAUUCACCACCUCGCCCUACGGUACCUUCAACACACCGCAAACCAGUGGACAUUCGCUGCACGGGUUUCAGCUUGAGGUCUCGGUACGCUUCGUGGACAUCCAGACACCGACGUACGCGAAAAGCAAGCGUAUCUGCGAGUUUUGGCUUCGAGGGACUGGGCACGGUGUGCUGCAGAAUCCGUUGCAUUCGCUUGCUCCCAACACGACCUGCCUCUAUCAUCUGCAAGGUACCGAAGCACGUGCACUGGACGCAAUUAACAUUCCACGCCGUUCGGGUGCACUUUCCACCUCGCCGACACGCUUCAAGGUGUGGAUAUCGGUGAUGAAGUUCGAGCUAGCGCCCGAGUUCGGUGCCACCGAGGAACAGCUGCUACAGUACCAAAGGACGGAGGACUGCAGUGGUAUGCUGAGGAUAUGGGACGGACCUCUGCGAGAGGUACCGAUCUGUAAGGAUAUCGAUUGUCUCACCACCGACAAGGACGGAACCCAACGGAGCAGCAUACGGUUCGGUGCCAACACGACCAACAUUAUCGCCCGGUACUGUCGCGGAUCCGUACCAAGAUCGUGCGAUCACGGCAUACUCAAUAUGACCAGCUCGCGCCCCUGCACCCUGUCGGAGAGUUACGUCUCGAGCAGUGACUUUGUGACACUCGAGCUGAAAACGUCCGAUUCGACCGUGCUUCGUCCGCUGCAGUUUGCACUGCGCUAUGAGUUCGUCGAUCUCCUCCAGGACGGUACAGCUAUCGGUGGUGAGCACGAGUGCAAUCGACGGUUCGCCAGCAGUCAGAUGGAACGCAAAGGGCCACAUCCCGUCCGCAGUGUGCGCAACAUAUUCCUGUUCGGACGUGGUGGAGCGAAACACUUGCACUGCAUCUAUCGCUUCGAGGCUCAGCGUGGAGAACGCGUCCGGAUCGAAAUCAAUCGUGCCAUGACCGGCAAUCGGACCUGUGACUCACGCGUCGAUCCGGACACGGGUCGGUCGUACUGUUUCGGCGAUAGUACAGCACGGGUCGAGAUCUUCGAACGUCCCUGGCACGAGUCGAUCCUCUUUCCCCGGGGCUGCAUCUGCAAUUCGACCAACAACUCCUACCUGCCGAUCGUGUUCACAUCGACCGGCCGGGAGGUGGAGAUCCACUUCAGUGCAGCCAACAUGACCAACGGGGACGAUCCGGAUUCGCUCAGCUUUGAGGCCUCGUACGAGUUCGUGAAGGGGCCAAUGAUGUGUAAGGAUGUGCGUCGGAAGAACGCCAUUACCGGUGUUGUUAGUCUGUCCUCGGGUGAUAUUGAAUGUCGCAAUCGUCCCUGGCUGAUAGAACCAUCGUACGAUCGGUAUCUCUACAUACGGCUAAAAGGACUGUUCCUGCGUAAAUUCAACCCAGCGACACCGCUGGCAUACAACGCUAGCUUCAGUGCCGUGACACCGAUCCGCUGUUACACUAAGUCCCGUGUGAUCAUCACCAAUGGGGAAGGCAUCUCGGUAACGGCCUGUCCUCUGCCCGAAGAGACCAAGCAUCGGCACGUGGUGGAGGUGUUCAGUGCCGGGUGGGGUCGUAAGCACCCGUUCUUCGGCGCAGAAGCCUCGCGGGUCGUUUCGGUGGAGUUUCUCAAUCCGGACGAAGGGGGCCAUUAUGCGUUCAGCUGGCUGGAGCUAACGAAGCGAUCUUCGGCAAGCUAUGCUUUGGUGCAGGAAGAGUGUCCCUAUCUUUGUCCGGAUUUGAACGCUUGCGUGAAUGCUUCCAUCUGGUGCGAUGGCAUUGAACAGUGUCCGUCGGGUGAGGAUGAAGCGUUCACCCACUGUUCGGCACUGUUACGCCUCCCGGCCGAAAUACUGGCUGGACUGAGCGUUCUGCUGCUGGUGCUAUGCUGCGGACUGUUCGGAUAUCUAUACAGAAAAAUCAAACGAAACUGCCGGCGCACGAGCGUCCUGCAGACGCGGCUCAAAUCGCUCAGCUCGAUGGAUACGGCCGUGUUCGAGGACAAGGAGGUGAUUUGCUGACAAAACGACAAUUCUGUACGGUACGUUGAGAUCGAUCGCGUCACCACGGUCUGACCGCGUCAUCGAGCGAACGCCACCAGAUGCCGUACAGAAUUGUCUUCCCGCGCAACCAAACCAAACCGACGACAUGCCAAACGCACGCCCGGCCACGGGCGACAACAGUGAGCAGCAGCAGCAGCAGCAGCAGGAAAAUGAUGGACUGAGCAAUACUAGCAGCAACGUAUCGUGUACUUCUUUUCUACUCUCGGCACUCAUCACCACCACCACCACCACUACUACUUCGUCGUUGUUGUGGAGUAGACGGGCAUUGCUAGGGCGAAUGUCACUACACUACUACACGCUGCUAGCGGCGAGUGCGCAGAGCAACUACUAACUAACUAACUUUACUACUCGUAGCGGACUGUAGCUGACCGUAGUGGUGUAACUAAUCAUUAGCUACCUAGGAACAAAUAAACGGGGCGCGCAACCGGAUGCGUCCCAUCUGUUAGUCAUUCUAAUUCUACAAUUUUACUAGACCAGAGUAGUUUGUGCGAGGAGCAGUAGGAGACGGUCACAAAAGGCACCAGGAGAAUCGUUAAUCAAAAGCAAAAAAAAAAACAAAGCUUUCCCUGAUGUCUGAGGUAAAGGAGCAAAACCACCAGGGAGUCUGACGUGCAGGACGGACCUCCGGACAGGUGGCUGAGGUCAACAAAACACUACUAUGUACUACGUUUUAGUAUUACUUCUAGUAAACGAUACAAAUCAAACAAACCAAUUAUUACGUUUAUAAUUGAUAGCUGAAGUGUUCGAUGGGUGUGCGCGCGAUGGUGGUGGGGCGACCAGUGGACUUCACAGCUACGGCUACCUUGGAAAACGAGUGAAAUCAAAAACGGUUGACAGAUUCUUACUAAGCUCCCUCCACACCACAGGAUUAGGUUACACAGUGAACGCUACCGAUUCCCACUCCUCACAAAUUCUUUCCUCAGCAAUCCCUUCUCUUCUCCUGCUGAUAGAUCACUAUCCGCAACCUCUUACCGACAACUACAAUCCGCAGUGUUUGCCGAGCUUUUAAUAAGGGAGUUAUUGAGUGGCCACCAGGUUGAUGCCUCAAUUCUAUGGAGGAUCUAGCGAACGCGAACGAGUAUUAUUAGCGUGGCAGGGAGGGUAAUAGGAUUUAUUAGCAAAAUCGUUACACAACAGCGCAGCAAUGCGACGGUUACAAUUUAAAAUGGGGCCGUUAUUAGACGGCCCCCAAAGAAGAUAUGGACUUGUUCACUAAUUAAUUGAAAUCGAAUUGAAUUAUAUCUAAUCAGAAUGGGCGGGUAAGCGUGCAAGCGUGCAAAGGGUUCAUUAAAAUGGAAAGCAAAUUAUUAAAAUCGAUUAAAUCAACACAAAACUUAAACGAGCAAACAAAAUGAUAUUAUAAAGAUCACGAACACGGUGGAAGAGUUUUAAAACUUACAUUAUAAACGAAUAUAGAAUAAUAACAACAAGCAAGUCGCUGUCGUAAAAACUAAUGAACGAACAAGCGAGUACUGUAAAUGAAGCGAUAGGUAAAAGAAGGAAAACUAUCUUAGCGCAACAGCGAUGUUUCAUCCAUUAAUAGGUCUGUUUGGACGGUUCGGAUUCAAAUUGUUAGUCCCCACCUUCUGGGGCGAAGAACGAGUUACGUAGCUGACUAGUUUAUUAAUGAUGAUAGAGAGAUAAAGAGAGAGAAGGAGAGAGAGAGGGCGACCGUCAACUUGACGGCUUGAAGAAACUUUAACCUGUAGAACACACUUUUCUUUCUCGACUCCCGCUCCAACGAGCGACCCCACUACCGGCCAUCAUGUUUGGCCGUUGUGGAGCGGAUUUUUUCAAAACUUUAAAAUAAAACGGACCAAAAAGAAAACCUUACGCCAGGUAUAGAUUGGGCUUACUCUAGCGCCCGACGGGUCGCGAUCGUGCAGAUGGAACUGUACGCAAGCAGUUCGGAUAGAUCAAGUGAUAGAGAAGAGGACCUGCUCUUGUGUUUUUGUUCCUGACAAAAUGGCAGCAGCGUGAUUUAACGUUUUUCGUUUUGCGGGUUAGUUUAGUCAUCCUACUCAUCAUCCGCAUCCGGGGCCCGACUAGCCCGAAAGGUCCCCAGCAGUCGUGAUUGUGAGUCAAUUUCCAACCGUGGCAGCUUGCGUGUUUUCAUUGCCCGUGUUCAAACUACGUGUUAAGGGAGUGUUUAGAAUCGGUUUAAAAAAUACACGUUAAAAACUGCCAACUCUUUAGAGCCCCCAUUCACACGACUCCACUGCGAGCACACGCGGAAACCGAAUCCAAAUUAACCCCUCUAAACUGCCAAACCUUCGUACGAUCUUUGGGACUGACGCCUGAAGAGUUAUCUACAUCGUAGCGUCGUUGAUGUCCGGAAGAGUAUCGGUCCGGGCUCUAUUGGAGUCGUCGUUCGGUUACAGUUAACGAUGCUAACCACCUGUACUGUCACCUUUACGAAAGGAACCCAGAAUACUCAUACAAACUCAUGGUGACGAAUGUCGACAUUUACGAGGUUUUGAAUCGCAUUGAUGGAGCUUAUCAAUCACUGGGUUGAAUACUGCAGGAUUGAAUCAAAUGCUCGACAGAAACUCCACACCGGAUUGUGAAGUUCCACAGCUCGUGUUGCAAAUGCUCUAUCCUGUUGAAAUAUUCCACUGAUUGUUUGAAAAGUUCCAUUACACGAUUCAAAACGCCUGUGACUCGACGAAAACCAAAAACUGCCAAAGCUGUUGAGUAAAGGAACCAAAUUAUCAAUCCUUUUUUUUCAAGUUAAGGAGACUUUUCGGUUUUCGAAUAUCGUUCGCUUUAAUAAGAUAAGUAAACACGCGCUGCACAUAAGAACACGUGACGUGAAAAAGGGACAAAAGCAAACAAGCUACUUGAAGGUUAGUAAAACAAUUAAAUUAAUGUUAAUAGCUCUGAUUCAACUCUGCGAUGGAGUGCUCUCAGAGAGUCCUUUUUUCCCAAAACUCAGAUUAUAAAAGAAAUUGUAAAACACACUACACACAGACACCUGUUAGAGAAUGCAAAGAGGGCAGACGAAAGGAUUAAAACACUUGUUAAAUCUGAUGCAAGAAUAGACAAACCCAACUCCAAAAGUUAUCAGUCGCGUUACUACAGAAAAAAAAACCCUCAUUUGCUGAGUUUAAUAGCUAACUUUGCCACUUUCUUUGCGACACGCACACAUCACGAUGUAAAUAGAUAUGGCAGAUGUGAUCGGUUCGAAGUUGGCGAGAUGUUUGAAGCCGCUACGUGAUCAGGAAAGUCCUUCUCUGCUCCACACCAGUAUCGAAUUCCUUCAGCACUGUCCGAAAGCUGAGCGCCGAACAUGAGGUAGGGAGCAAUAGAAAUUUACUCUCUCCUUUCUUACCAAAAAAUUUGCCAAACAAGUAGAUGGGAAUGCAGCAACAACAAAAAAAAAACAGAAAAACAAUUCCUCCCAACAUUCCAUAGCAAUAGAAACCGGGGUUUUCUCUACCACAAAACAAAUGUUGUAAAAUAAUAAGAAUUUAAAUUUACUAAACCAAAAACUCACACAAACUCUUUUGCAGCAGAUAAGCAAAACGACAGUUACAGAGUAAAAGCAGAAGAUAAAGAAGAAAUCGCUUGUUACGAAAAGGCUCCGAAUAAAAGAAAAACCCAAAAGCUAGAAGAUAGAAAUGGAAAGCAAAGCAAAAAACAAACAUGAAAAAUGACUCACAAACAGAUAUAAAAAACCAGUUGCCCACACAACUCUCCAUUCUGAUUCUGACCUCUCGAAAAAUGGAGGCGAUAUAAACAAAAAUAAGCAAGACGAAUCCAAGACUUCAUGACAAUAAAAAGGGUAGCGGGACACGGAGUGAAGCGAGCGUGUGUGAGACGGAGCAGGCUAGCUGGGACAGCGGAAAAAUUGUUGAAAAUUGUGGGAAGCAGCAGUGGGCGUGUAAGUGCAAUAGAAAAAAAAACUGCAAGAAAUAUGUAGAUUUGUAAGGUCGGAAAGUUAAAAGUCAGAAUAGAAAACCAAACCAAACAGUAACCGAAAACAGUGAAGCAGAAGAGCAAACCACUGAUCGACAUACAGACAAAAGGAGACAUGUCAAAUGCAACUACGAACGUUCCUUUCAAUUUUUGUUCAGGUUUUUUAGUGCAUACUACCUCUCGUAUAGUGGAUAGGAUGGAAAAGACAUUAAAUUACAAAAAAAAAAACCUUUCAAACUACCAAUCCGAAUAACCCGGCGCAACAGCAUACUGAAGAGAGAACAGAGAAGAAAAAACAAAAGAACUCGGGAUGGCAAAAAAGGAUGUAGUAAAAUAUGGUUUUGUUCCGCUUGGUUUCGUUAGUUUGUUAAUUUUGCAUACAGUGCAGGAAGAAAAAUUUAAAGACACAUGGAAUUUAAGAUAAUCUCUCAAAAUGAUAUAAUGUUUAGCAAAAAAAUGAAGAAAAGAAUGUCGGUCACAAUAGAAGAAAGGAAGCGAUAACAAAUUUAAGACAAAAAAACCUGUUUCCAUACACAACAUAAAACAGACAAAACACACACACACACACACACGAAACAGUUGAAAAGCAAAAUUAUUGAAAUGCAUAAUUAAAAGAAAAAUUCUAGAACAAUUUGAUGGGUGGCCGUUGUUUGCAUGGUCACGCUGGUAGCUGUCGGUGCGGAAAAGCGCUAGCCAAGUGAUCCUAGGUAUUCAUAAAUGGAGCGACUGUAGAAACUUGUUUAGAAAGUGCAGAAAACCAAAAGAAAUUUAAACAGUUGUAAGAAAGAAAGUAAAAAAAAAACCAAAUCUUUACUCCGCUAACAAUUAGCAAUUUCAAUGAAAUUUAAAAGUGACACAAAAGAACAACAAAACACAAACCAGAGAUCAUGAAACAUGAAACAUUGUGAGAGAGAGAGAGAGAGAAAAUGAACAAAAGAGAGGAAAAAAAGAACAUAAGAAAUAAAACCACUCAACCAUAUCAUUGAAUUUCAACAGAAUUGGUAA